AUUCAGUCAAAUCAUGAAAUAAUUGUGUAGUGGUGUAAUAGUUAAUUUCCUAUAAAAGGAGAUUUAAUUUCUUCAUGUGCCGCACAUGUAAAACGACGACGGAACCAUGGGCGGCGCCGCCACACCACCUCCACCGUCGCCGCUUCACUCCACUAUCUUCUCUCGUUCCACCGCCGCUUUCAACCGCCUCUUCGCGGCUGUCUACGGCGGCGCGAUUUUAGCUCUGUUCUAUCACCACAUCGUUUCGAUUCUUCGAAAUUCCUCAAUUUCAUCUUCUUUAAUCUCUCUUGCCCUACUCAUCUCCGAUUUAAUUUUGGCCUUCAUGUGGCUCACGGCGCAAUGUUUUCGGAUGAUUCCUGUCCGCCGCCGAGAGUUUCCAGAGAAAUUGAAACAGGUAGCGAAGGAUUUCGAUUUUCUGGCGGUGGAUGUGUUCAUUUGCACGGCGGAUCCGUACAAGGAGCCGCCGAUGAGCGUGGUGAACUCGGUACUAUCAGUUAUGGCUUACGACUAUCCCGCUGGGAAGAUCUCCGUCUAUAUCUCCGACGACGGCGGCUCCGCCUUGACUCUGUUUGCUUUGAUGGAGGCGGCAAAGUUCGCUAGCCACUGGCUGCCGUUUUGCAAUAAAAACGACGUCGUAGAAAGGAAUCCCGAGGUGUUUUUUGCAUCUACUAGUGAGUUUUGGAACUCUGAUUCACAGAAGAUUAAGGAAAUGUAUGAGCAUAUGAAAAUGAAGGUGGAAGAUGUGGUUGAGAAAGGAAAGGUAGGAGAUGAGUACAUCAAUGGAGAAGAAGAUAGGUUGACUUUUCAUAAAUGGGACAAAUCUUUCACUCCUCAAUCUCAUCCUACCAUUAUUAAGGUUUUAUUGGAGAGCAAAAAUGAUAGGGACAUGAUGGGUCAUUCACUACCUAAUCUCAUCUAUCUCUCAAGGCAGAAAAGUAAAGCAUUUCAUCAUCAUUUCAAGGGUGGUGCCCUCAAUGCUUUGCUUCGAGUGUCAUCAAUAAUGACAAAUGCACCAAUGAUUCUAACCCUCGAUUGUGAUAUGUACUCGAAUGACCCACAAACUCUAUAUAGAGCUCUAUGUUAUGCAUUGGAUCCAAAACUGAAAAGUAAUUUGGGUUACAUUCAAUUUCCUCAAUGCUUCAAAGGAGUUAGCAAAAAUGACAUCUAUGCUUCUGAGAUGAAGCGCUUAUACAACAUUAAUCCUACUGGUCUGGAUGGGCUUUUGGGCCCAGAUUACUUUGGAACUGGCUGCUUUUUUAUUCGACGGGCCUUCUUUGGCGGCCCAUCAUCUUUUGAAUCUUUGGAAUCUUCUCAAGUUAGUCCUGAUUAUGUUGUUCACAAGCCCAUUCGUUCUCAACAAACUUUGGAUUUGGCCCAUUACUUUGCAGCUUCUGAUUAUGAGAAUGGCACUAAAUGGGGAUCCAAGGUGGGCAUUCGAUAUGGAUCAUUGGUGGAGGACUUCUAUACAGGCUAUUGCUUGCAAUGUCAAGGAUGGAAGAGUAUAUUCUGCUAUCCAGAUAGGGCGGCUUUUUAUGGCAAUGCGCCUAUUAGCCUUCUCGAUGCUUUGGUUCAAAAUAAGAGAUGGGCCGUGGGCUCGCUCGAGGUUGGUUUAUCCAAGUCCAGCCCAAUCACAUUUGGGACGAAAUCCAUGGGCCUUCUUAUGGGCCUUUGUUAUGCUCACUAUGCAUUUUGGGCCAUUUUGUCCAUUCCAAUCACUGUCUAUGCCUUCCUUCCACAACUGGCUCUCAUCUAUGGCAUCUCAAUUUUCCCAAAGGUUUCAGAGGGUGAAUUCAUAUUAUACGUGUUUCUUUUCCUUGGAGCUUAUGGACAAGAUUUACUCGAGUUUAUCAUUGUCGGAAGCACAUUUCGAAAAUGGUGGAACGAACAAAGAAUGUGGAUGAUAAGAGGAAUUUCAAGUUACCUUUAUGGAUCGAUUGAAUUCACACUAAAAUCUUUGGGCAUUUUUUCGUAUGGGUUCGAAGUAACGAGCAAAGUAAUGGACGAAGAACAAAGCAAACGAUACAUGGAAGAGUGGUUUGAGUUUGGGGCUUCUACACCAAUGUUUGUACCAAUGGCAAUGGCAGCAACACUUAAUUUGGGAUGUUUAGUGAGUGGAUUUAUGAGAAUUUUCAAAGGUUGGAAUAAUUGGGAGGAGAUGUUUGGCCAAAUGUUUAUAGCUGGAUUUAUCACUCUCAAUUGUUGGCCAAUUUAUGAAGCUAUGGUGUUUAGGAGUGAUGCAGGAAAAAUGCCUCUCAACAUUACCUUUAUGUCAAUAUUAUUUCUACUUCUAGGAUUGCUUUGCAUACCUAUUUCCAUUUCUACUUCACCUAAUUACCUUUUGCUAUUUUGAACUUUCUUUUGGUUUUCUAUUGGAAUGAUGUGUUGUAGUGAUGAACAAUUAUGAUGAAAUAAAUAAGACUUUCUGUUUA